GCACACAGGCUCAGUUCUUCCGGUGCGCGUGAGGAAGGGAUUAAACGUCCGUCUCGCUGCUCUCUUUCCGUGAAAGAACGGCAGCCCACCCGCGUUUACCGGCGUUUCAAACCGGAACGGAGUACUGACGACUCGUUCGUUAACCAAUCAAGCAGUUUGUGAGAUUAGGGAUGAACUGAGAAUGAAUGUCAACCAGCAACCUCACAUGGCCUCUCCUUAUGGGCAACCUCAGCCAGGGUAUCAGCGCUACCCUCAGCCAGGGUAUCAGCGCUACCCUCAGCCAGGGUAUCAGCGCUACCCCCAGCCUGGAUACGGGGGUGGCCAUGUGCCAUCGGGAUAUCCAGCUCAGUAUGCACCAGAUAACGGCCCGGGCUCUGGCUACCAACAAGGUCCACCGCAAGGAUAUUCUCCUUAUGCAAGCUUUCCCUCUAAGACUCUCACAACAAACUUAGUCUCUGACCUGUCCUCCUCCUCUCCUCUUGACUUAGGCAUGAGAGAACCCCCCACCUCAGGGACACCACCUGUCUCAGGUGCCCAGAGCUAUUCGCAGUUUGGCCAAGGAGAGACUCAAAAUGGACCACCUCCAAUGGUAGCUCCACCACAGGGGACUCUAGUGUCUCAACCGCACACUCCAAAUGCAGUGAGUCUGUCCGGUCCUACUCAGCCCCCAUACGGCCAGCAGUUUGGAUCUCCACCUAUUGGCAUGCAGCAGAUGACCAAUCAGAUGGCCAGCAUGCAGGUUGGCUCUACUGCACCCUCCCCUGCAGGCCCAGGCUAUGCCCCUCCCUCCACGGCUCAGGCUCCAAUCUCUGCUGCCUACACACCUUCAGCUCCUCCUACUUUCCCACCCACCUCCUCGGCUCCCUCACAGCCUCCACCUACUGAAGCUGUGGCUCAGCCUCCCCCUCUGCCCUACUAUGGAGCUCCACCUCCUGCUCAGCAGCCUUUCCCAAAUGCUGUCUCUACGUUCUCCUCCGCUGGCCCUACUCAGCCUCAAGCUCCACCAUCUGUUUCUCAACAGUCUUUCCCUCAAGCUCCAGCCGUCUCUCAGCCUCCUUUUUCCACAGCUCCUCCUCCAGGUCCAUCACAGUCAUAUGGAGGCCCGCUUCCUCCAACACAGCCCUCAUUUCAAAGAGCUCCGCUUCCCACUUCCCAACCCGGCGUGUUCCCUGGAGGUCCACCACCCACCUCUACUCAUUCUCAGCUUCCGGGACCCAUGCCACCUCAACCACCAGUUUCCCAGCCCUCACCAUACUAUUCAGAACCCCCACCAACCACUGCUUCGUUUCCACCACAAGUUGGCGCUCCACCAAGGCCUCCCCUUGCUGGAAUGCAGGGCCCUCCUAUGGCAUCACAAGGGCCUCUGAUGGCAUCGCAUGGGCCACCAGGGGCAUCUCAAGAGCCUCCACUGCAAUUGCAAGGGCCUCCAAUGGGAUCGCAAGGCCCUACAAUGGCACAAGUUAAUCAUGUACCCCCUUCACAACCUGGUAUGCCACCUGGUCCUAUUAAUGCUUCCCUGUCAGGGCCACCACCACAGCCGGGAAUGCAGGGAUAUCCUCCUCAGCAAAAUGGUGCUUUCGGGCAAGUCAGAGGUCCUCAGCCUGGCUAUGCAGCACCACCAUAUUCUGGCCAGCCAAACUAUGGAGCACCACCCGCUGCACCUGCCCCAGCACCAGCUGCCCCAAAGAGACUCGAUCCUGAUUCUAUCCCAAGCCCGCAAACCUCUGACAUGCCGCCUGUGCAGAAAACAAGACAUAGAAUAGACCCAGACGCAAUCCCCAGUCCAAUUCAGGUUAUAGAGGAUGAUAAAGCAAACAAGGGAAGUCAACCUUUCACUACAGGGGUAAGAGGUCAAGCUCCACCUCUAGUAACCACCAGAUUUCAAGUGAAAGAUCAAGGGAAUGCAAGUCCACGCUACAUUCGUUGUACUGCCUACAACAUGCCCUGCAAUUCUGACAUGGCCAAACAGUCCCAGGUUCCUUUGGCUGCUGUCAUUAAACCCCUGGCCACGUUGCCUCCAGAUGAGUCACCGCCAUAUCUCGUGGAUCAUGGAGAAAGUGGUCCCAUUCGCUGUAAUCGCUGUAAGGCCUACAUGUGCCCAUUCAUGCAGUUUAUUGAAGGUGGCCGUCGUUUCCAGUGUGGCUUCUGCAGCUGUGUCACCGAGGUGCCUCCCCAUUACUUCCAGCAUCUGGAUCACACAGGGAAGAGAGUGGACUGCUAUGAACGACCGGAGCUCUCGAUGGGAAGUUAUGAAUUUAUGGCUACUGUGGACUAUUGUAAGAACAACAAGUUUCCUCAGCCACCAGCCUUUAUUUUCCUAAUUGACGUGUCCUACAAUGCUGUAAAAAAUGGCAUGGUGGGAAUGGUUUGCCAGGAGCUGAAGACAUUGAUGGAUUAUUUGCCCAGAGAGAAUCCUGAUGUGGAAUCAAAUGUUCGAGUUGGCUUUGUCACCUACAAUAAAGUACUUCAUUUCUAUAAUGUGAAGGCCUCCCUCGCUCAGCCACAGAUGCUUGUUGUGUCUGAUGUGGCUGAUAUGUUUGUGCCCUUACUGGAUGGAUUUCUGGUCAAUGUCUCAGAGUCCAGAGUGGUUAUUGAGAGCUUGUUAGAUCAGAUUCCUGAAAUGUUUGCAGACACACGGGAAACUGAGACUGUGUUUGGGCCUGUCAUUCAGGCUGGGCUGGAAGCACUUAAGGCCGCAGACUGUGCUGGAAAGCUCUUUAUUUUCCACUCAUCUCUCCCCAUUGCUGAGGCUCCAGGCAAACUGAAGAAUAGGGAGGAUAAGAAACUAGUGGGCACUGAUAAAGAAAAGUCAUUGUUCCAGCCGCAAGUUAGUUUUUACAACACCCUAGCCAAGGAUUGUGUGGCGCAGGGCUGCUGUGUGGACCUUUUCCUAUUUCCCAACCAGUAUGUUGAUGUAGCAACGUUAGGGGUGGUGCCCACUUCAACAGGCGGCUCGAUCUAUAAGUACACCUACUUCCAGGCUUCAUCUGACCAGGAGCGUUUCCUUAAUGAUUUGAGGCGAGAUGUGCAGAAGCAGAUGGGCUUUGAUGCAGUGAUGAGGGUCCGCACCAGCACAGGGAUCCGGGCGACAGACUUCUUCGGCUCCUUCUAUAUGAGCAACACUACAGAUGUAGAGCUGGCAGGACUAGACUGUGACAAGACCGUCACUGUAGAGUUCAGACAUGACGACAAGCUCAGCGAGGAGACUGGAGCUCUCAUGCAGUGUGCUGUUCUGUACACCAGCUGCAGUGGCCAGCGACGGCUACGGGUCCAUAACAUGGCAGUCAACUGCUGCUCUCAGCUGGCAGACCUGUACAGGAACUGUGAGACUGACACCAUCAUCAACUUCUUCGUCAAAUAUGCAUAUCGGAGUGUACUCAGCAGUCCUACGAAGAAUGUACGUGAUAGCCUGGUGAAUCAGUGUGCACAGAUCUUGGCCUGUUACCGAAAGAACUGUGCCAGUCCAUCUUCAGCAGGGCAGUUGAUUUUGCCAGAAUGUAUGAAGCUGCUGCCUGUAUAUCUGAACUGCGUGUUGAAGAGUGACGUUCUGCAGCCCGGGGCAGAUGUCUCCCUGGAUGACCGUGCCUACUUGAGACAGCUGGUCAGCGCUAUGGAUGUGGCAGAGAGCCAUGUGUUCUUCUACCCUCGGCUGCUUCCGCUGCAAAAGCUAGAUGCGGAGAGCACGUCUCUGCCUUUGGCAGUCAGAGACUCCGAGGAGCGACUGUCUAGAGGAGGAGUCUACCUGUUAGAGAACGGACUGAACAUUUUCAUUUGGGUCGGGGUCAAUGCCCAACAGGAACUGCUUCAGAACAUAUUUGGCACACCUGCCUUCAGUCAGAUAGACCCCAGCAUGACCUCUCUGCCGGCUUUGGAUAAUCCUUUUUCAAAGAGACUGAAGGAGAUUAUCGAGUCCAUCAGGGCACAGCGCUCACGAUACAUGAAGCUCAUGGUGGUGAAGCAGGAAGACAAGCUGGAGCUGAUCUUCAAGCACUUCCUAGUAGAGGAUAAGAGCAACAACGGUGGAGCGUCUUAUGUGGACUUCCUGUGUCACAUGCACAAGGAGAUUCGUCAGCUCCUGAGCUGAGUGUCAGGUCCCCUCUCUCCUCCUCCUCCUCAGCUCUGUACUCAGAAGCGCUUUAACUUUUUAUUUAACAUAAUAAACAAAACCCCCUUUGCCCAUCAUCUUCUCUUCCUCAAAUAUAAUCUCAUCCGCCGUGACUCUUGAGGAUGACGCCACCUCUAACGGAAUUAAUGUUGCUCCGUCAGAUCACACUGUUCUUUUGGUUUUAGUGGUGGGAGUUUUGACCAGACCUUCUCCCUUUCUUUUGAUGACAGGCUUGUGAGACUGUGUGUGUGUGUGAUAGAGAGUGAGAUGUGCUGUUAUUACUGCUCUACAGCUGAUCUGGGAUCAGGAUGUGAAACCACAAUUAGGGCUUAAACCGCAUUAUGAAAUGAACUGCUAGCGGGUUUUAAGAGUGUGUUUGACUGUGAACGUCGAUGUUGAUUGUACUGGGUGUUCUGUGAGAAACACUAGCACUGAUUAAUGGUCUCUAGAUGACCAUUAUCUAAUCUAGCAUCAAAGAUAAAUCUAGAGCUACUCCGAAUACAGUGAAAUGAAGUCCCUUAUCUUUAUUCCAGUGUGAAUGGAAAGAUGUUUUAGAACAAAAUAUAUUCAUGUCCAGUUAUUUGUAUUUCUUUCUGCUUAGCUUCAGUUUCCCGUUUGAUUUCCCUCUUUCUCAACCUUGGCCUUAUUGAUCCUCUCUUCUUUUGGGUCCGUUAUUCUGUCGAUUAUGUCCAGCUGUUGUCAUUUUCACCUUUUUAAUGUGUGCGAAAAACCUAGCGGACUCUGUGGGAGCUUGAAGUGUGCUGUUAAUCAUUGGAAAUGUCUUUUACUCUGAGAACACAUUCAAUAUAAAAAUUCUAUGCAUCGACUUAUCUUUAAACAAACAGAGGGAAAGCUGUUCAAGAGCCUGGGAGGAAUAUUAUCUGUGUUAUUUCUCCUCCAUCACCCUCAUUCUGCAUUAGAAACAGAUAUGCUUAAAACUGGUACGUUAGUGUCAUUUCCAGGUCCUGAUGAGGAAUAUGGAUUUCUACAGGGAGUUGCGGAUUGUCAAGAUCCUUCAGUAAUUGGGCAUAUAUUACAGAAUCGGGCUGGCAUUUCCCUUUUUUAAGUUUUUGUUUGGUUCUUUACUGUACGGUCUGUUAGUAACCUGUAUUUGCUUGGUUAUGUAUCAGUUAUGAUUUCAUAGUAUGAUCUGACUCUGAAGGUUUGUGGUUCUGGGGCAGGUGCAUUUUUAUUCUGCUCUGGAGUAUUAUUCAUCUUUGUGCAAUGGAAGCCUGUGCUGAAUGAGUGAAGUGUGGGACUCAUUUAGAAACUGACCCUUUCUAACCCCUUUUUUUUUUUCUCAAACGAGUGACGUCAAGCACAUGCGGGAUUGUGACCUUAAAAGCAAUCAACACUAAAUACCUUGUCAUCACAUUUAUUACAUGUACAGAAUUAAAAAUCACAUUUUAAAAAUGAUGUCAAGCUAGCGUGCUUUGUUGAAUCUUUAAGUGAACUGCACAUGAUGUGUGGGCGAGUCUUUUACUUGGUCCUUUCUGAAGUAUAUCUUUGUCCGAUAUUGCAGAGCUCUUUUAUAUAGAGGUGUGUGUGUGUUUUUGGAGGUGCAUCCUGGUGAAGUUCUCUUUAGAACUGAGGGAUCGGCCUUUGAGGUUUUCUUUUUUCAGUGUUUGUCUCUAACCCAUAUGUGUUUUUAAUGGCCAUAGACUUAAUGAUUUUGAGUUGUCUUCCUGUUUUAUCCAUGCCUCCUGACUGCAAAUAAAUGCCUAUAUCUAUUCAUC